ACACUUAGUUUGAUAAAAAAAAAUGCAUAACGUUUAUGAUUAUUAAUUAUUAAAUAAAAUAAUAUAAUAACUUCACUGUUAUUAGUAAAAAAUAUUAAAUAAAUUGUAAUACCAUCAAAUCCAGUAAGCAAUUAUCAUGCAAAAGCUGUUGUAUGUAAGCUGUGUACCAACAUCAUUUGUGUAAAGAAGGCCUUUAAGUGCUACUUGCCAAACUAAGUGUUGUAGUACCUAUAACCAGCAGGAGAGCAGUGAUGUAUGAACUGAAUUUGGUGACAGUACAGUGUGUUACAGUGAAGUUAUUGAGUAUUUUUCGUAAUAUAAAAUGAGCAAAAGGGUUUCGGGUUUUGCACUUAUAAUAAAUUGGUCUCUAUGAGCAGGCGGCAGAGAUACACGCCUGAAGGGACCGUCUGAAAAGUCCGAAACCCCUUUGCUUACAACAGAAAACAGAACAACAAAAGAGCGAAUCAUAGGCCUAAUAUGGAGUCUGUACGUGUUAUGCUUCUUACGCGGACUUUUGGGACUCAGUUUUGAACUGGUGUCAAGGCGCAAUGAAUGAAAUGCACAAAUGGUAAUUAAAUUAUAUAUAAACGGAAAACAAAAACAACGAAAAAAAACAGCUGGCUGACCCCUAGAGGGGUGGGGAAAAGGGGUGGGGUGGGGGGGGGGCCGCCCCCGCCCCCCCGUUCCAACGUCCAUGUUUCCAACAAACACCACACUGUCGUAACCAGAGCAGAACAUGAGUGGGUCUGAGUGAACAGCAGGAGUACAGUGUCUGCAACUCUGGAGCAAAGAGGUUUGGAGCUGAAUCUUGCAUUCGAGAGAGCCCUGCAUUGAAAGUUGAGAGGAUUUGUGUCACCGCAAAAGACAAGAUCCCACAUUGACAUCUUCAGCUUCUUCAAACAGAGGGUCUCUUCCAAACAUGGAGACUGGAAACCUGAUAGAUGAUAUGAACAAGCCAGCUGUUACAGCUGAAUCAGACCUUCAGUGUGGAAAUGUCAGGAGUCCUACAGUGACCUGGCUUCCACCACUUGUUUCCCUGAGAGGGGGGGGAGCUUCACCAUUCAAAAGGCAAUGUCUUCAGGCAGAGUCCAGCAAAGCAGAGUAUGCAGUUGUGACAACAAUCUAUCAGCUUCCCCUGGAAAUCCUCUCCGAAAUCCUCAGGGACGUUAUCUUGUCAACGGGUGACUCUUCAUAUUUCACACUUUCUCUGGUAUGCAGAUGGUUUAGGGAUGUGGUCACUCAAGAAGUUUUUCGGAAAGCAGCACACUUGGCCUGGCUAGACAGUGUGGCCAACUGGAAGAAUUUCUCUCCCGUCUACCGGAAGGAGUUGAGACGGAUGUACAGCAUCAGGGAAUGCCUGCAGUGCAGAGCCCUUUUCAAGUCAUACCCACCAGGCUAUAGGGGAAGAGGCCGAUGUGGUGAACUUCUGGACUUUUACUCAGAUGUGUGCACAGGAUUUUGCUCCCAGGACUUUUUUUUGCGGCAGGAAACACAUUGGUGUGUUAAGUUCAUGGAAGGGAAAGAGAGAAUGAACUGAGAUCAACUGGUUUUGAUGUAUUAAUUGAUGUCAUUUAAAGUUAAACUUUGCAGUGUUUAGUGUUCUAAUAAAAAAAAAUGGCAAACACGUGCAUGACAACAGGUUUCAGUCAUUUGCAUUAAUGUGUCGUUUUUUAAGGUUUCUAAUAUUUCAUGUUAACAUAAUUUGCUAUGUAUUGCUUUAAGCAGGCAUUAAGUCCAUCUAAUUAAUGAAUUCUUAAUUUAGUUGUGACAAUUCUGUGUAAUAUUUCAAUUACCAAUGAUUUUAGAAAAGUGUUUAAAGGGGUGAUUAAAUGUAUUGUUUUUUAGGUUUUUUAUAUAGAAGUGGGUAACUACAUUCAGGAUUAAUGAGGUUUUCAGUA